AUGCUUCACCUCUCAACACGCAUCGGAACAAGAUUAUCGGCAGUGAGAUGCCUUUCUAUGACUAUACGGGCAAAGCACAGCGUGCCUGACCUUCCGUAUGAUUAUAACGCUCUCGAACCAGCUAUUUCCGCUGAAAUUAUGAAAGUACAUCAUGAUAAACAUCACGCCGCCUACGUGAACGGUUUAAACACUGCUGAAGAAAAAUAUGAGCAAGCUUUACGUGAUGGAGAUCUUACCUCACAGAUCGCCUUACAGUCAGCCAUUAAAUUCAAUGGUGGCGGUGAGUAUUGUCCGUCACUGGAGGACAAUUCUGGAGAAUGCCAUAUCAAUCACUCACUCUUUUGGGAAAAUCUUGCUCCAGUCUCUAAGGGCGGUGGUGAGCCGCCAAAAGGGGCCUUGCUUAGUGCAAUCCAGAAGGAAUUUGGAAGUCUUGAAGACUUCAUUUCUAAAUUCAAUACGACCACUGCUGCUGUGCAAGGAUCCGGAUGGGGAUGGCUGGGUUACAAUAAGAGCUCCAAGCGGAUCGAGAUAGUUACUUUACCUAACCAGGACCCUUUGACAACUCACGUACCGCUCCUGGGUGUUGAUGUCUGGGAACAUGCAUAUUACCUACAAUACAAAAACGUGCGGCCAGACUAUCUCAAGGCAAUCUGGUCUGUGAUCAACUGGAAGACCGUCGCGGAAAGGUUUGCAAAGGCACAAUGA